AUGACAAAGAGACAAAGAAUUUUCGACGCUGAUGUUGACAUCGGUGAAUUGAUUUCAUCUCAUGAAGUAUGUGUUCCUCCUGGUGUUAAUGUCUAUGUGAUUGAUUCAGACGCAACUUCAUCAUUAAACAAUGUGACAGAUCGUUCUAAUUGUUCCAAUGAUUCUAUGGAUUUUCUAACACAUAAAUCAGGAAAUACAUACGUAAAUGAAACAACCGUCUCCAAUCAGCUUCUGAUUCAACAGGCUCCAUGUGUUGUUCGGGAACAGUCAAGUUUUGAAACAAGUAUAUCGCCACCUUGUAGGGAUAAAUCUGCGCAUUUUAAGACUUUUGUUCGGACUUAUAAUAACAAGUUCGCGUUUACAUCUUUUGGAGUUAAAUUCGAUAGAAAUCUUUGCAGACGAAACAUUCUAACUCAGGGACAGAUCUAUCACUAUAUCAAUGAUUUAAUCCCUUUAAAUGGUUGUCCUUCUUAUCUCCAAUUGCAUUUCUAUGAUACGGAACAUGAAUUAGAAAAUCGCAUUUCUGAUUCAGAUAGAAUGAAUCCAUCAAUUAUAGCUCAACUCAUCGAUAUUCUUCGCAUCAAUCCAUAUUCUAUGUUUUUCCGGUCUCUUGGUGAUUUGCCAAAUUUGGAAAAUCAAGUAAUCCAUAUAAGAUCAGAUGCUGGUCUAGAUCAACGUAUAUUCAAUGCCCCGACAUCUUCACAAGUUGCAGUAAUAUGGGUUGAAAAUGAAGAUGCAGAUCAGCUAGAAGGACGAGACAUUUGUGUCUUUAGUCAUUCUGGUGGAAGUCAUAUAGUUCAAUAUUACUUUGGCUGCUAUGAUCCACUUCAGUAUCCGUUGUUAUUUCCUUUUGGCGAUACUGGUUGGCAUCAAGGCAUUCAAAGAGUCAGUAAAGGAAGCACAUCAACAUGUAAUGAAACAACACGAUCAAUAGAUCCUCAUCAAUCAAUGUCAGCAGAAGAAUUACUUAUAAGAAAACAGCGAGCAUUAAACAGAAAAAGGAAGGAUCCAAUUGUUUCGUGCCGUGAAUAUUAUUGCUACAAGUUACAAAUCAAAGAAAAUGUCAGAUCAAUUUUGUUACUGUCUGGUCACCUAUUGCAACAAUUUGUUGUUGAUAUGUAUGUUAAGAUCGAGACGUCAAGAUUAGAUUAUUUCUGUAGCAAACAACAACAUAUUCGAUCUGAGUUAUAUCAAGGUAUUGUUGAUACCAUUACACUUAGGGAAACCAAUGCUUUUAAUGUUGGAAAACGGAUUAUUCUGCCUUCGUCAUUUAUUGGGGGUCCAAGAGAUAUGCGAAAAAGAUAUAUGGAAGCAAUGGCUUUAGUUCAGCGUUAUGGUAAACCAGACAUUUUUUUAAAAAUGACGUGCAAUCCAAACUGGCAAGAAAUUUCAAAUGAAUUACGUCUGCAUGAGGAGAGUCAAAAUCGGCCUGAUUUGGUUGCUCGGGUCUUUCGUGCAAAAUUAGAAGAAUUAAAGGAUCAAUUAUUCAAGAAGCAGAUAUUUGGAAAAGUCUCAGCAUAUAUUUAUGUUAUUAAGCACCAAAAAAGAGGGCUUCCACAUGCACAUUUUUUAAUUAUAUUACAGAGAGAUUGUAAACUCUAUGCUCCUGAAUCUUUUGAUAAGAUUGUAUCGGCAGAAAUACCUGAUAAAAAUACAAAUUUGCACUUGCAUAAUGCUGUUAUCAAGCAUAUGAUGCAUGGACCAUGUGGAGUGUUGAAUCCAACAAAUAUUUGCAUGAAAAAAAAUGGCUGUUGCAAAAGCCAAUAUCCAAAAAGUUUUGCAUCAGGUACGACUGUUGGAAAUGAUUGCUUCCCAAUAUAUAAGCGUUCUUACAAUAGAAUAAUUGUCAAAGUGAGAGGCCAUAAUUUGGAUAACCGUUGGGUCGUUCCAUAUAAUCCGUAUUUGCUUACAACAUUUGACUGUCACAUUAAUGUCGAGAUUUGUUCUACGAUAAAAGCAGUCAAAUAUCUUUAUAAGUAUAUUUACAAAGGGCAUGAUCGUAUUGCUUUCAAUUUGGUUUCCGAACAAAACAAUCAACAAAUUGAUGAAAUUCAACAAUUCCAAUCGGCCCGAUGGAUUGCUCCACCUGAAGCUAUGUGGAGAAUAUACGGUUUUAUUGUUAAUGAAAUGUACCCAGCAGUAUAUAGUUUACAUUUACAUCUUGAGGAUCAACAUCAAGUAACUUUUCGAGCAAAUGAAGACUUAAUCAAUGUUCUUAACUCUGAUCGGUCUGCAAAAUCAAUGUUAACAGAAUUCUUUGCAUUGAACCGAGUGGAUGAAAAUGCCAUAAUAUUGUUGUACAAAGAAUUUCCAGAAUUUUAUGUUUGGAGCCAACAAUACAAAGAGUGGACUCAUCUUAGGACAGUUGAUGGUGUCAUGGCUCCAACAUUUUGUGAAGCAGCAACUAUGCAUGAUAUUGUUGCAUCAGAAGCCCUUAAUAGUAAACAACGACAUGUCUAUAAUUCAGUUUUGGGAAAUGUUUUAUCUAAUGAAGCUGCUACAUUCUUUGUUGAUGGCCCUGGUGGGACGGAGAAGAUAUUCUUGUACAAGGCACUUCUUGCCGCAGUAAGAUCACGAAAAUUAGUCACACUUGCAACUGCUUCAUCUGGUGUUGCUGCAUCUAUCCUUCCUGGAGGUCGAACAGCACACUCGCGCUUUAAGAUUCCACUGGAUACUGAUGAACAUAACAUGUGUUGUGUCAAUAAACAAAGUGCCAUCGCAAAGUUACUACGUGUGGCAAAAUUAAUUAUAUGGGAUGAGGCCCCUAUGUCAAGAAAACAACAUAUUGAAGUAUUAGAUAAAAUGCUACGAGACAUUAAUGAUUCAGAGUUAACAUUCGGUGGAAAAGUUGUCGUUUUUUGUGGAGAUUUUCACCAAGUUUUACCUGUGGUUCAUAAAAGAACAAGACAAGAACAUGUUGAUGCCAGUUUGGUUUCUUCUUACUUGUGGCCUACAUUGAUCAAGUUUCAUUUGACUAAAAAUAUGCGAGCAAGAUUGGAUCCAGUCUUUUCAGAAUAUGUGUUAGAAUUGGGCAACGGAAUGCCACCAAUCACAGUUGAUGAAGCUAUAAAAAUUCCUGAUGGCAUGCUUGUUCCAUAUGAAGAUGACUGUACUUCUUUGGAUCAUUUAAUAGAUGCUGUUUUCCAUGAUAUUCAUGAAUAUUCAAUAAAUAUUUCAGCUAUGAUGAAUCGGACCAUAUUAACACCAAAGAACAGUUAUGUUGAUGAAAUAAAUGCAUUACUAAUUCAUAGAUUUCAUGGUGAGAUCAAUCGAUAUUAUAGUUUUGAUGAAGCAAUAGAUGCAUCUGAACAAUCAGUUAUGGAGGAUUUUUUAAAUACUCUAACCCCAAAUGGACUUCCUCCUCAUGAAUUGUUAUUGAAGAUAAAUUGUCCUAUCAUGCUGCUUAGAAACAUUAAUCCUUCAGAAGGACUAUGCAACGGAACACGUCUAAUUUGUCGGGCUUUUGAUCGAAAUGUCAUUGAUGCAGAAAUCACAGUUGGACACCACAUCAAAAAAAGAGUCUUUAUUCCAAGGAUUCCAUUCUUACCAAAUGUUGAUGAAAAUAGUGGCUUCCAUUCAAACGAACUCAGUUCCCUAUCAGAUUAA